CCAAUAAACCAAACGGAACCAAAGACUCCUCAGAUCUCUCUCUACACAUUCAAUCAUCGCCUUCAAUUUCUCCGAUGGCCUCCGCCGCCGACGAUUCCGGUACAAUCGCGCCACCAGUUCCUCCGCCCAAUAUUUUCAACGAGGAUGAGGAUCUUCUCGACGAUGAGGACGAUGACGACAGCGAAGACGAAUCCGCCUCAUCGGCGCCGGAUCGCGGUGUUCCGUCGUCGGUUUCGGUUUCGUUGGAGCAAGUAACGGUCGCCGUCCCCGGAGUGCCGGUGAUGCGCGUGGAUCAGGACCUCCACCACCACCAGCAGCAUCAGCAUCAGCAGCCGGAGAUCGUCGUCGCGAAGAAGCCGCCGCCGCCGGACGAAUCGCGGAAGCUAUUCCAGAGAUUGUGGACUGACGAGGAUGAAAUUGAGCUCCUUAAAGGCUUCCUCGAGUACACCACACAGCGCGGCGGACCCCAUAGCUCUUCCUCUCACCACCACCACGACACGACCGCGUUCUACGACCAGAUCAAGAGUAAAUUCCAACUCGAUUUCAAUAAAAAUCAACUCGUUGAGAAGCUACGGAGGCUCAAGAAAAAGUACCGCAACGUCAUCAACAAAUUCGGCGCCGGCAAAGACUACGCCUUCAAAAGCCCUCACGAACAGACCACUUUCGAAAUCUCUGCCAAAAUUUGGGGCAACGCCGGCGUCAAUUUCAACGGUGCGCCCGCUUUCCGGGGAUUCCCCGCUCCAAUCGACGAAGACGACGAGGAAUCGCAUAUUCCCCACUUCAUCGAUUGCCAAAGCCCUAACCCUAAUGGCAUUGAUGUAAAUAGCAAAACCCCAAGAUCGAGGAAGCGCAGCCGCCCCGGCGCUGUGAAAUUGGAGGAGAAACAUCACCAAUAUCACCACCACCACCACGCCUUCAACAGCAAUCCCCUCAACAAUCAACCGCCGCCUAUGCCGAUGCCGCCGCCGAUGGCUCCACCUCCGGCGAUGGGCAUGGGCUUAACAGGAUCAUUAACGGGCGUGGUUGAAGAGGCUGUGAAGAAUUGCUUAUCCCCAAUACUGAAGGAAUUGCUUGGCAACUCUUCUGGCUACAUUCCAAACGCCGCCGGUCUGUGCUGCGGCCAUGGCUAUGGACUGUCAUUAGGUCCGAUGCCUUUGGGUCUUUCCGGCGCCGUCGGCGGCGACAAAUUGGUGGAUCCGAAGUGGAGGAAGCAGCAGAUACUGGAGCUGGAGGUUUUCUCGAAGCGAUUGGAGUUGGUUCAAGAACAGAUUAUUGAACAAUUGCACGAGCUUAGGUCGAUUGGGAAUUGAUAAAGAAACACCAUUUGCAUUAGUAAUUCCAGGUGGUGGUGGCGGUUAAUAACGACUGGGGAUUCGUCCGGAUCGUUCGUGGCUUGCUUAUUUCGUCAUUGCAUAUGUGCAGGUAGUUUGACAUGUAUAUUAGAAACUAUUUAGAUAAAGAAAUAAGUAGUUGAUGUGUUUAUGACUCAUGCUGCAUAACAUGGAAAAGAUCGAAAUUUGAUGAGGAGGAUGAUGAUUAUGUGUUUGAGUUUAAACUUAUUGGCCCGUAAAUGUAUCCCUCAUAUCUCUGCUACCUCUCGUUACGAAUGUUGAGGAUGGGGCUUUAGAUUCUUGUUUAUUACAUGGAUGCUUGUUGUUAUUGCUGUGUAUUAGCCUUACUUUGGGAUGAAAUUUAGGCGAUGUUUUCAGUUAAGCUCGUAGAGACAAGGAUCUUUUAUGUAAUACUGUUUUCUCAUUAAUACAUAUUAGUUUGCUAAA